AUGCCUGGAGUCCCUCUCGGUGCCAUUGACAACCUGAAGAGCAAGGUCAAGGCCUUCCUCCUCAAGAGGAAGUCCGGCAAGAAGACGGCCGAGCCCGCCAAGCCCGCCGAGGAGCCCGCCAAGACCGAGGAGUCCGCCAAGCCCGCCGAGGAGGCUCCCAAGACAGACGAGGCUCCCAAGGCCGACGAGGCUCCCAAGGCCGACGAGGCUCCCAAGACCGAGGAGGCUCCCAAGACCGAAGAGGCCCCCAAGCCUGCAGAGGAAGCCCCCAAGACCGAGGAGGCCCCCAAGCCCGCUGCUGGGGAAGCUCCUAAGCCUGUCGAGGAGGCUAAGCCUGCUGAGGAGCCCAAGGCCGAAGAGGUUAAGCCCGUCGAGGCUCCUGCUGCCGAGCCCGCACCUGCUGCUGCUGCGGCUGCCUCUGCCCCCGCUGCCGAGGAGAAGAAGGAGUAA